AUGGUUACAGAAUCUGUGGGAGAAGAUGGACCGACUUUGGAGGUUGGCUUGACAGAGUUGCCAAAGGUCUCAGAAUCUUUGCCAGAGGAUGGUCCGAUUUUGGAGGUUGGCUUGACAGAGGUACCAAAGGUCUCAGAAUCUAUGGAAAAGGAUGGACCGGGUUUGGAAGUUACUUGUGAUUCACGUUUAGAGCAGAAACAUGCAAGAACCCUACUUUUGGUUGGACGGUCAGGUAAUGGUAGUAAAAGUGCGACCGGGAAUAGUAUUCUUGGAAAACGAGCAUUCAUCUCAAAAGGACGUGCGUCAGGGGUAACUACAGCCUGUGAGCUGCAGAGUUCGACGCUAACAAAUGGCCAGAUCCUCAAUGUUAUUGAUACUCCAGGCCUGUUUAGUCUGUCUCCAUCAACUGAGUUUACAUGCAAAGAGAUUCUGAGGUGCUUCUCUCUAAGUAAAGAAGGGAUUGACGCGGUGCUUCUUGUAUUUUCCUUGAGGAACCGGCUCACAGAAGAGGAGAAAUCUUCGCUUUUCGCAUUAAAGGUCCUUUUCGGAAGCGAAAUUGCUAACUACAUGAUUGUUGUUUUCACAAACGAAGAUUCCCUUGACGAGGAUGAUAGUGAUACAUUUGAGGAUUAUUUGGAUGGUUGUCCUGAUUUCAAGGAAAUUAUCGAGGCUUGUAGUGGCCGCAAGGUGUUGUUUAGAAACAGGUCUAAAGCCCCUGAGAGUCAGAAAGCUAAGCAAGUUCAGGAGCUUCUUAACUGUGUAGAAGAAAUUGCAAGGUUAAAUGGAAAACCAUACAUGUCUGAUUUAUCUCUUGAGUUAAGGGAAAAUGAAGCUGCCUUCAAGAUAAAGCAGAAGGAGGUUUCAGAGAUGAAGGGGUGGUACUCAAGACUAGAGGUGCUUCUAAACAAGAAAGAUAUGGAGAGGUGUUUUGAAAAUGAACAGCUCAAGCACAUGAUGGAGAGGGUGGAGACUCAGCUGAGGGAGACAAAAGAGAGUCUAGAGCAGAAGCUGAACGCAGAGCAAGCUGCGAGAGUUGAACUAGAGAAAAGGGCAAAGGAAUCCGAGAAACAAGCGAGUGAUGUAGUGAAGAAGCUGAACGAUGAGCAAGCUGCGAGACUUGAAUUGGAAAGAAGAACAAAAGAAGCUGAGGAACAGUCGAGUGAUGUAAAAAAAUCAAGUGGUGUGGUUGAGAAGCUGAAGGAGGAACUGGAGAGGGCGAAUAAAUUGGCCAAUGAUCUCCAAAAUUCCAACAAGGGGUGGUGCAUAAUUUUGUGA